CUAUUCUUUUUAUUCCAGCCAAAUCCGUCGACCAUGUUGAACAUAUUCCGUAUUACUGGAGAUCUCUCGCACCUUGCGAGUAUACUCAUUCUUCUUUACUCAAUUGAAGCAAACAAGUCUAUCGAGGGACUCUCUUUAAAGACACAUUCACUCUAUGUGCUUGUGUUUGUUACUCGUUAUUUGGAUUUAUUCACCAAAUAUAUUUCGUUAUACAACACCUUAAUGAAGUUGUUCUUCCUUGUCUCAUCCAUUUAUACCGUCUACUUGAUGACUUACAAGUAUGAGAAGACAAUCAAACAAAACAUUGACACUUUCCCUGCUCGUUAUUUAACUGGUGCUUCAUUUGUGUUAUCACUUAUCUUCACUUAUAAAUACACCCCAGGUGAAGUUCUUUGGAGUUUCUCCUUAUGGCUUGAAGCUUUUGCAAUCUUGCCACAAUUGUUCAUCUUGCAAAGAACAGGAGAAGCUGAAAAUAUUACCGUUCAUUAUAUUGCUGCCUUGGGUUUAUACAGAGCCUUGUAUAUUCCAAACUGGAUUUACAGAUAUUAUGGUGAAGGUAGAUUUGAAUACAUUGCAGUUUUAGCUGGUGUUGUCCAAACUGUCAUUUACUCUGACUUCUUCUACAUUUACUACACAAAGGUGAUGAAAGGUAAGAAAUUCUCAUUACCAGUGUAAAUCUAUUAUUUUGUAAAAUUAUAUCUUUGUUUUUAUAUUUAGAGUUUAAUUGACAUUACAUACAAUAUAGAUAUACAUAUAUGAUAUCAUU